AAGAAGGUGUUUAUGUUAGACUAACUUGUAAUUCUACAUACCAAGUAGCAGGACAAUCCAUCAUAUCAUGCCAACAAUCAGGGUCCUGGUCAAGUUCAAUUGGUUCCUGCCAAAGAAUAUCUUGUCCUUCUCCUCCUACAAUAAGGAAUGGUCAAUUCGUUGGCAACAGCUACUAUGCAGAAGAUGAGAUCACGCUUGUGUGUAACACGGGUUACUAUGUUCCCGGAGAUACAAACAAGUUCCGUUGCUCUUCCACAGGUGUCUGGAGCAAUGCAAUCAAAAUGAGUUGUUACGAAUCUUGCUCUGGCAAAAACACAUCUCUUUACUACAGCGGCGAAGUCAGUGUAUCUGAGUACACCAACCAAAUGAGUUGUCAUUGGGCACUUCAUGCUCGUGAACGACAGAAAAUUUUCAUUACAUUCACCAACUUUUCCACCGAAAAUUCUUACGAUUUUGUGACUGUUAGAGAACUUUCUAACACAAGUCACAUUAUUGGGCGAUUUAGUGGUUCCAACAUUCCACCAGUUGUGGUGUCUUGCGGUAGAUCUGUAUCUAUUAGUUUCACUUCUGACGGAUCUGUCACUAGGAAUGGAUUUUACGCAAAAUUUCAAUCAAAGAGUACUUUUACUUCUAAUGGAUAUCCGAUUUCAUAUUCCAACAAACAAUUACAGCGUUGGCUAAUGUGUGCCUCUCAGAAUCACAAACUUUGCAUUCAAUUUACUGAGUUUUCAACUGAGAAUGGGCAUGACAACCUAACAGUAGCCAACCAGAGCGGAAUCAUUAUUCAAUCAUACAGCGGCACUCUAAUUCCACCUAACAUUGAAGCAAAUUCGAGCCUUUAUGUCAACUUUUCAUCAGACCAAUCUGGAACCGAGAAAGGAUUCAAUGCAAAUUUUUGUCCACUUUGUCCUACAUUGACUGUUCCUAGCAACGGACAUUUGAACACCUCCAAUAGGGAACUAGGCACUUAUGUCAAACUAACUUGUAAUUCAACAUAUGCAGUAACAGGACAAUCCAUCAUAUCAUGUCAGCAAUUAGGAUCCUGGUCACAUUCAAUUGGAUAUUGUCAAAGAAUAUCUUGUCCUUCUCCUCCUACUGUGAGCAAUGGUCACUUUGUCGGCAACAAUUACUAUGCAGGAUACCAAAUCACACUUGUUUGCAACACGGGUUACUACAUUCCCGGAGGCAGAAACAGAUUCAGUUGCUCUUCUGCAGGUGUUUGGAGUAAACGAAGCAGAAUGCACUGUUUCGCUGUUGCUUGUGGUCAACCAGCAACGAUACAAGAUGGAAGUUUUACCGGUGUCUCUUUCCACUUCCAUGAUACUAUCACGUACUCUUGUAACUCUGGUUAUGAGUUACGAGGUUCCAAUGUUUCUACGUGUAUGGCUAGUGGAACAUGGAGUGGUCCAACUCCAACUUGCAAAGCCACUGCAUCAAACCUGCAAAUUUCUCCAGAAGCACAGAAAAUUGUAACUGCCUUUCAAAAUUCAUUUUAUGAGAAGUUUGCAACUUUUACUGAAGAAGCAAGGCCUCCUCCAGGCUCUGCUGCCAGAUCAGCACGUCCCAUUGACAAUGUCUUGGCUCUAGACCUGAUCUUUGCUUUGGAUACAUCAGGAAGUGUCGGUAGCUCAGCUUUCAAUGAAAUAAAAAAAUUUGUAAGAAACAUGGCAACAGCUUUCGUUAUGGAUCAACAUUCAACACACAUGGGAGCUGUUGCAUUUGGUACCCAACUCUACCCCAUUUCUGAGUUGACACCAUCCAAGGCUAACUUUCUUCAAGCAGUCAAUGAAUUCAUUUACAAAGGAGGAGGAACAAACACAGUUGCAGCCUUAUUGAAAGCAAAAGCUAUGUUUACUGCAAGUACAAGAAAUAACAACAGACUGAAAAGAGUUCUUAUUGUCAUUACAGACGGUAAAUCAAACUCGAACAGACGAACACCCGAAUCUGUAGCUCUGGAGUUGGCACACAUUUCCGUAGAAAGAUUUGUGUUUGGUGUAGGAAAUAUUUACAAACCAGAACUUGAUGCAAUUGCAUCACCUCCUAGUGAUACUCAUGUUUUUAUUAUGACCAACUUUAAAAUAUUUACACAAUUUGCUGAAACUAUCACUCCAAAAAAAGUAGAAAGUCUUUGUGGAGUUGCUGGAGCACCCGGAUUCCAUGCACGAGUACUAAAUGGAGACUUCUCUCACUAUGGAGCUUGGCCGUGGCUCGCUUCUAUUUAUGUCACAAAAUCGCUUAAUCAAAAUCAUGUUGAGUUGAAAUGUGGCGGUACUCUCAUAAAUAAGAGGUGGGUAGUGACCGCUGCCCAUUGCAUUUUUAACCAACAGUACAGUCCAGGUCUAAUUACGGUAAAACUUGGAGAUUUCUCACGUGACAGAGACGAUCCUCAUGAGCAGACAUUUGGUGUGGAACCACAACCGCAUCUCGGAGGAACCAAAAGUCAGAAGUACAAUCUCCACACAUUAGAUAACGACAUUGCUCUUAUCAAGUUAGACCGUGAUGUUACCUACACUGACUAUGUGAGACCGAUAUGCUUGUUGGAACCAAAGCACCGCAAUGUAUCAUUUAUUUCAGUGGGUGAAAGUGCCACUGUUGUCGGAUGGGGAUUCUUUAGAGAAAAUGACAAAACAUUUACUAAUAUUCCACUAGAAGCCACACUUCAAUUUGUUAACAAUUCUCAAUGCAAUGGUAAUGUUGGUAGCACAGUGUUGACCAACAACAUGCUUUGUGCAAAAGGACAGAACAUCGAUGCUUGUCCUGGUGACAGCGGAGGCCCACUGAUGUGUCAGUCUGAGGUUGAUAAUUUAUUUACACUCUGCGGAAUAGUCAGCUUUGGAAAAGAUUCAACAUGUACGAAAGAAGCAUACGGUGUUUACACAAAAGUCUUCAACUAUAUCAACACGAUCUUGAUCAAGACACACGGAUAUUAAAAUUCUGUGAUACAUUGCAAUUGACGAACUUGUUUGCUUUCUCUUUGCUGAUUUAUGGUCUGUUUAAACGAAGCUUUAACAGCUGAAAACUUUGAUGAUGCUAACUGAGACAUAUUCGUUACAGUGAAGACUUUAGUGUUGUUAGUUUGUUGUCUGUUGAAUGAAUACUUAAAAUAAACUUUGUCAAA